AACCCUAACCCUAACCCUAACCCUAACCCUAACCCUAGAUUGAAUCCCGAUCAUGGCGACCAAGACAUCGAACCUCGAUUGUCGCAUGUACGAAGCGAAGUUUCCAAAGGUGGACACGCCAGUGAUGAUACAGGUGAAGAGCAUCAACCCCGAUGUGUGCGCGUACGUUUCACUCCUCGAGUACAACAACAUUGAGGGCAUGCUGUCAUUCACUGAGCUCUCUCGCCGGCGAAUACGUAGCAUCGCUAGUCUCGUCAAGAUCGGCCGCAUCGAGCCCGUCAUGGUCCUACACGUCGACGAAGACAAAGGCUAUGUCAAUCUCAGCAAGAGAAGAGUCUCCGAAGAGGAUGCUGGGGCUUGUGAGGAAAGGUAUAACAAGAGCAAGAAUGUUCAUUCCAUAAUGCGACAUGUUGCCGAGACUAUAGAUAUCGAUCUCGAGGAUCUCUAUAUUCAUGUUGGAUGGCCUUUAUACCGAAAAUACGGUCAUGCUUUUGAGGCAUUCAAGUUAAUUGUCAGUGAUCCUGGUGCGAUUCUUGAUUCCCUCACCCGUGAAGUAAAAGAAAUUGGUCCAGAUGGACAGGAGGUGACUAAGGUGGUUCCUGCAAUGUCAGAGGAAGUUAAAGAUGGAUUAGUUAAAAACAUUAAAAGGCGGAUGACCCCACAACCAUUGAAGAUUCGGGCCGAUAUUGAGAUGAAAUGUUUCCAGUUGGAUGGUAUUCUUCACAUUAAGGAAGCAAUGCGGAAAGCUGAAGCUGCUGGCAAUAAUGACUGUCCAGUGAAAAUGACAUUGGUCGGUCCUCCAUCAUAUGUACUCAACACUCAGACUCUUGACAAGGAACAUGGGAUAGCGAUUCUUAACAAAGCAAUUGCAGCUUGCAAUGAAGAAAUUGAGCGCCACAAGGGGAAACUUACUGUUAAGGAGGCACCCCGAGCAAUUAGUGAACGGGAGGAUAAACUCCUCGCUGAGCAGAUGGCUAAGCUAGGUCAUGAUAACGGGGAGAUUAGUGGUGAUGAUGACAGUGAAGAGGAGGAAGAUGAAGGAAUGGGAGACAUUGAUUUGGAGAACUCUGCUCCUGGGAUAGUAGAGUGAAACAUGCCACCUUCUUGAUGACUUCGGAGAAUUCCACUCUCUUCAAUUUUUUACAAUUUUAUUCAGCUAGCAUCUGAACAUGUUAUCAAAAGCAAUUCAGUUGACAAUUUACGGUUGCUAGGAUUUUACAAUACUUUUGUUUCGUUGUUAAAAUUUUUUGCAGAUACAUGGAGAAUGGGGCAUCUCAACUUUGAAACACAUCUGACCAAAAAACAAUGUGUGUGUGUGUGUGUGAUAAGACUGCCUAUCCGCAAGCCGGCGUGGCUGGAUAUUCUUGGCAGGAUUGGUGCUAACAUACCCUUGUUCUCUUCUUCUUCUCUUCUUUUGUUUUCAUUCUUGUUUUUCCUCGUU